AAUAUGAAUCACAAUUGGAUGGUCUCUAUAGUUUGAUAUCACUUUUUGUGUCAAUUGCUAGGCAUUCAUGACAUCGUUAUCGACCACUAAAUAAUAAGUUGUGAUAAAUAAUGUCAACAAAUGCCUGAAUUAGAGACAAACGACAAUCAAAUUUCAAUGUAUUUAUCAUUUUUAUCAAUAAUUACAACUCAUGGCUGAAGUCAACUAUAAGGCCAGUACUUCCAAUAAUGGCGAAGAAGAUUUGGAAGCGUCGGUUGAGAUCAUCGAUCCAAAGAUAGUCAACAGUUAUUCUGAGUCCAAUGAUGAAGAAGAAGAAGAAGGAGAAGACAACACUAAUACAGAAGAGUCAAACCGUCCUUCAGAUGCAUUGUGGAGACAACAACGAUUGCCUGCCUGGCAGCCUAUCCUAACGGCCGACACAGUAUUGCCCGCAUUUUUUCUAUUAGGAAUCGCAUUAAUUCCUAUCGGUGUCGGACUUCUAUUAUCAUCAAAUUAUGUCACUGAAAUUAGUUGGGAUUAUACUGAAUGUAUGGCAUCGAAUGGUCGGACAAAAUGUAUGGAUAUUAUACGGAAGAAACGGAUUAGACAUCAAAAGUGUGUUUGUUAUCAUAAUUUUACUAUCGAUGAGGACAUAUCGGCUCCCGUUUUCUUUUACUACGGUCUCGACAAUUAUUAUCAAAAUCAUCGCCGAUAUGCUGUGUCACGCGAUGAUUACCAAUUGGCCGGAAGGUCAUUCAAUAAGAAAAACUCGGACUGCCAGCCGUUUGAUAARAYCAACGGUACAUUUAUAGCGCCGUGCGGUGCAAUUGCCAACUCAUUGUUUAACGACACAUUUCAGUUGUAUUAUCAAAGCGAAAGGAUUAACCUAAAACAGACACACAUUGCGUGGCCGACCGAUAAAAAGUAUAAAUUUAAUAAACCCAGUGAAGGCUAUCACUCAUAUACUAAGCCGCCGUAUUGGCAAAAACAUGUCGACGACUUGGAUACGAGAGACCCGAACAACAACGGCUAUCAUAACGAACACCUAAUUGUUUGGAUGCGAACGGCAGCGCUGCCGACGUUUCGCAAGUUAUGGGGACGAGUAGAUCACGACCAGAAUAUUCUGUGGAGAACUUCACUACCGAAAGGCAAAUAUCAGCUCAAAAUUGAUUACAACUAUCCGGUGGUAUUUGAUACAUACAAAGCCACCAAAUAUGUUAUUAUAUCUAACACCUCAUGGCUCGGCGGUAAAAACAGUUUUCUUGGAUACGCCUAUAUAGUGGUCGGUGGUAUUUGUCUAUUACUUUGGGCCGGAUUUUUAUUAUUAGUAAAAAAAUAUGGACAAAAACCAAAAGAUAUAGUAGAUAUCGGACCUAAAACUAAGUUUACGUUUACAUUAAAGAAAAAGAUUGUCACCAGUGAUGAGUCUACACAACCUUUGAGAUCACAAACUACUGUUACGUUUAGUUAA